UCUCGUUCUCCAUCUCCAUCUUUACCUUUCACUCUCUCUCUCCUUAUCUAUCACACUUCCUCCCCACCAUCGCCAUCACCACUGUUACUGUCAUGAACCCCCUCCCACCUCCAUCCUCAUCACCUUCUCUGUCAUUAAUCUCCACAUGUACCAUGAUGGGAGAUCGAAGUUUUUCUGCUGCGCUGGGUAUAACGUCAAUAUGAAGACUUCUCAAACUUCCAUUAUGCUUCAGGAACCAGAUGAUGACUCAAUUCGUAUGAAAGUUGGUUUCAGUGGGGACAUUCUGGUGACCAGCAUCGGCAGUAAGAUCACCUACGAGAGUCUCCGUAAAGAAAUCAGAGAUAUAUGUAAAUUUGAGUCUAAACAACCCUUUACAAUGAAAUGGGUGGAUGAGGAAGGUGACCCAUGUAUUUUAUCCUGCCAGGUGGAGCUGAAUGAAGCUGUCAGACUUCACGAACUCAACAAGGACUCAGAACUUACCAUACAUGUGUUUCCUAAUGUGCCAGACCGACCAGGAAUGCCCUGUGAUGGAGAAGACCGUAACAUUUAUCGGAGAGGUGCUAGGCGCUGGAGAAAACUGUACAGAAUCAAUGGUCAUUUAUUCCAAGCAAAACGGUUCUCAAAGAGAGCUGUCUGCUAUUUUUGCUCCGACCGCAUCUGGGGUCUCGGCCGUCAAGGAUACAAAUGCAUCAACUGCAAGCUGUUAGUGCACAAGCGUUGCCACAAACUGGUGAAGCAAGUAUGUGGAGAGAUGCAGGUGGAUACACCAAUGUACCGCCAAGAACAGCCUGCCCUCAACACAGACGAAGCCUCUCAGAAUGGAUUACACUCUGCAGUCUUGGAAAGUGUUAAGAAUGAGAGUAGCAAUGAGGAGACAAGCCCUGCCCAGACGCCAUCAACAGAGUAUGCUAAAGUUGAGCUUGAUGAUGGCAUGGAACGGGGACAGAUCUCGUUGGAUGACUUCACUCUUCUGCGGGUCAUCGGUCGAGGAAGCUAUGCCAAGGUCCUUAUGGUUGAGCAGAAAACCACGAAACGCAUUUAUGCAAUGAAAGUCAUCAAGAAAGCAAUGUUUAAUGAUGAAGAGGAUAUUGAUUGGAUUAACACAGAAAAACAUGUGUUUGAGACGGCAACUAAUUAUCCGUUUUUGGUUGGUCUUCAUUCCUGUUUCCAGUCUCUCAGUCGUUUGUUCUUUGUGAUUGAGUUUGUCAAUGGUGGAGAUUUGAUGUUCCAUAUGCAGCAACAAAGAAGGUUGGCAGAGGAUCAUGCCCGCUUCUAUGCAGCUGAAAUAUCUUUGGCCCUUAACUUUCUACAUGAACGAGAUUUUAGUGUUGAUUGGUGGGCCCUUGGUGUUCUAAUGUUUGAGAUGUUGGCGGGCCGGUCGCCUUUUGAUGUUGUUGGUAGUGAUAAUCCAGAUCAAAAUACAGAAGAUUACCUGUUUCAAUUGAUCUUGGAGAAACCAAUUAGAAUUCCUCGCUCCGUUUCUGUCAAAGCUGCAUCAGUUUUGAAGGGAUUCCUAAACAAAAAUCCAAAGGAAAGGCUUGGCUGUGUACCUGAUGCUGGGUUUGAAGAUAUCAGAACACAUGCAUUCUUCCGGCAAAUUGACUGGGAGCUGCUGGAGCAGAAACAGAUAACACCCCCUUACAAACCUGAGCUGCAGUCUGACCGUGACUUGAGGCGCUUUGACGAAAUGUUUACCAAGGAACCAGUCCAACUUACCCCAGAUGAUUCGAACAUCAUUGACAAAAUCGACCAAACAGAAUUUGACGGCUUCGAAUAUGUGAAUCCUCUGCUGAUGUCGAUGGACGACCCAGUCUGAGGCCCCAGCGCCAUGCUCGUUAACUCCUCUCCAUUCCUAACUCUACUCCUGUCCUGUUCUACUCUUCCAAAACAAAUAAUUCUAACCUGUGACACCUUACCUAAAGACUUAAUCUUAAUCUGUGUUAAGACUGAUCUUAACAUGCAGUGACAUCUUACAUUAAGACCGAUCUUAAUCCAAAUACGACCUGAAUUACAUCUGCCUGAUUUGAUUUGCUUCUUUUUUUUUUUAUAUAUAUAUUUUUUUUUAUCUGACUUAACAUGACAUGAAGAUAUAUGAUAUAAUAUACAAUACGACAGGUGGCCAUCCACAGAGAAGGGAUUGUCCAAGAGUCUCAGACUUGUCAUUAUACCUUGAUAACCCAACAAGCAUUCCAACCAUAACUGAAGGUUUAUUUGCAAUUAUUUUUUUUUUACUAUUAUCAUUUGAAAUUUUUUGUUUGUUUUGUUAAUUUUUGUUGUUUCUUUUUUUGUGUGAUUUUUUUAACAUUCCCUACCCCACCACCAACACCAUUGCCAACAACAACAACAACACUUCUGCUACUAGUACCACCACCACUAAUAAUUACUAUUUUGUUUUUUGUUUUCUGUGUGUGUGUGUGUGUGUGUGUCUGUUUAAGGUUUUUGUUUUUUUUCUCUAGUAUAAACUUGGCUAUCCCCUGUUGUGCUGCGAGGGUGAUACAUACAUAUAUAUAUAUAUAUAUAGGCCUAAGUAUAUAUUAUUUAUUUAAAGGACACAAUACAUGUCUUAAGUGCUACUGAUAGUUUCAUAUGUUGAGAAAUAUCUCUAACAUAUUCAUCAGACACAAGCCACAUAUCGUAUAUGUGGUUUGUGCACUUAAAGACAUGUAGUGUCCUUUAAAUAAAUAAUAUUUAUCUCUCACCAGAUGGAGUACU